UCUCUCUCUCUCCUCCUACCCACAUCGUUCAAAGUUCAAACGUCGCCGUCGAGGCACAUCCCCGAAAUCUAGACAGAGGCUCUUUCGGAGCUCCGAAUCGAAGCCCUAGAAUUUGGGGAUUUUCUAUGUGAAUUCGGUCGUUCAGUGUCCUUGCCUCUGUUUGCGUGUGUGUGUAUCUGUCUGUGUAUGUGAGCGAUAGAGAUGGCGGGGAGCAAUUCGCUAGCAGGAUUGCAAGAUCACUUGAAAUUAGCGAGAGAGUACGCGCUUGAAGGGUCCUAUGACACUGCCGUCAUCUUCUUCGAUGGCGCCAUUGCUCAGAUCAACAAGCAUUUAAGCACGCUUGAUGAUCCUUUGACGAGGACAAAAUGGAUGAACGUUAAGAAAGCCAUCAUGGAGGAGACCGAAGUCGUAAAGCAGUUGGAUGCAGAGAGAAGAGCAUUCAAAGAGGCUCCGACUGGACGACGUGCUGCUUCUCCGCCGAUCAAUCCGAAAUCAUCUUUUGUUUUUCAGCCAUUAGAUGAGUAUCCAACUUCAUCUGGUGGUGCCAUGGAUGAUCCUGAUGUGUGGAGGCCCCCUACUCGGGAUGUGACAAGCAGGAGACCCGCGAGGGCUGGUCAAACUGGUAUGCGUAAAUCACCCCAAGAUGGGGCUUGGGCCCGUGGUUCUACAAGGACAGGUGCGACUUCUCGUGGUGGAAAGGCUGGAGGUACAGGAAAAUCUACCACCGCUGGUGCCCGCUCAUCCACUGCUGGAAAGAAAGGCGCUGGCUCAAAAGCCAGCAAGACAGACUCGACAAAUGGGGAUGCUGAAGAUGGGAAAUCGAAAAGGGGACAAUAUGAAGGACCUGAUCCAGACUUGGCUGAUAUGCUUGAAAGGGAUAUGUUGGACUCAACUCCCGGCGUCCGUUGGGAUGAUGUUGCAGGUUUGUCUGAAGCUAAAAGGUUGCUUGAAGAAGCUGUUGUCCUUCCUCUUUGGAUGCCCGAGUACUUUCAGGGUAUUCGAAGACCGUGGAAAGGUGUUCUAAUGUUUGGGCCUCCCGGGACAGGUAAAACACUUUUAGCCAAAGCGGUUGCCACUGAGUGCGGUACCACAUUCUUCAACGUAUCUUCUGCUACUUUGGCCUCAAAAUGGCGCGGAGAGAGUGAGCGCAUGGUCAGAUGCCUGUUUGAUCUGGCCAGGUCUUAUGCCCCUAGCACAAUUUUUAUCGAUGAGAUUGAUUCUCUUUGCAAUGCUCGGGGGGCUUCUGGAGAACAUGAAUCGUCGAGAAGGGUUAAAUCCGAACUUCUGGUUCAGGUAGAUGGUGUGAGUAAUACGGCCACAAAUGAAGAUGGCAGUCGCAAAAUAGUAAUGGUGUUAGCUGCAACCAACUUUCCAUGGGACAUUGACGAAGCUCUGAGGAGGCGGCUGGAAAAACGUAUAUAUAUCCCUCUUCCAGAUUUUGAAAGUCGCAAGGCACUUAUCCGGAUCAAUCUGAGAACAGUCGAGGUGGCGACUGAUGUUGACAUUGAUGAGGUAGCUCGGAGAACAGAGGGUUACAGUGGAGAUGAUCUGACAAACGUAUGCAGAGACGCGUCUAUGAACGGAAUGAGGCGUAAAAUCGCGGGGAAAACAAGGGACGAGAUAAAGAACAUGUCAAAAGACGAGAUAUCGAAGGAUCCAGUUGCAAUGUGCGAUUUCGAAGAGGCCCUGAAGAAGGUUCAACCGAGUGUCUCUGCCACCGAUAUCGAGAAACACGAGAAGUGGUUCGCCGAGUUCGGUUCCGCUUAACUGUCAAAACACAUUUGGACGUUGUGUUCUGUUCUGUGUGCAAUCCCAUUUUGCUCAUUGUUAUUUUUGUUACGGCAUCGUCUUUCUUUGUAUGUGUUCUCUUAACGUUUGUCAUGUGCGUCCUUUGUCUUUCUCAAAAAUGAUUUCAAGUGUAUUGCAAUCUAAUGUCUCUUAAUUUCUUCCAAGUUUGUACCAAAUA